CCGUCACUGCUGCCCUCGACGCCAGCACCCAUAACCCUCCCCCGUAGCCCAGAGGACCCUCACACAAUACCGCCAUCAUGUCGCAAGUACACGCCCUCUCCGACGACCAGGUCGCCGGCGAGCUCAAGAAGAUGACGGCCUUUAUCCGCCAGGAAGCCAUGGAAAAGGCAAACGAAAUCCGCCUCAAGGCCGACGAGGAGUUUGCCAUCGAGAAGUCCAAGCUCGUGCGCCAGGAACAGGCCUCGAUCGACUCGUCGUACGAGAAGAAGUUCAAGCAGGCCAGCAUGUCGCAGCAAAUCACCCGCUCCACCGUCUCCAACAAGAGCCGAUUACGCAUCCUCUCCGCCCGCCAGGAGCUGCUCAACCGCCUGUUUGAGAACGCCGAGAAGAAGCUGGGCGAUGUUUCAAAGGACAAGAAGAAGUACCAGAGCGUCAUGAAGGACCUUAUUGUCGAGGGCGCCUAUGCGCUUAACGAGGACAAGCUGCAGGUCAAGGUCCGGAAGGCCGAUUACGACCUCACCAAGAAGGCUAUCGAGGAGGCGCAGACCGAGUACAAGAAGAACAUUGGCAAGGAAGUCUCCAUCACUAUUGAUGAGAGCGACCCGCUGCCAGAGGGAUCGUAGGUCUACACAGUAUCGUCUGCCAGGACAAGACUAACUUCAGACAGCGCUGGCGGUGCCAUGAUCGUUG